AUGGAUUUCAUCAGCCCAGUCAUCGAAAUUGUUUCUUGCUUGUGGGGUUCCACCACUCCACACAAAUGUUACAUCAUCAACCUCCAAGAAGACAUCGACUCCCUGAAGAAUGCCAUGGACGAAUUGAAAUCCGUAAGGAAUGACAUGAAGAGAAAGGUUGAUGUUGCCGAACAGCAGCUUCUUAAAUGCACGGACCAUAUGCAAUGGUGGCUACAAAGAGUAGAAGCUACCGAAGGAGAAGUGAAUGAGAUAGAAGAAGCCUUUCAGCAGAGGAUGAGGUGUUUUGGGAAUUUCCACCCGAAUUGUUGGUCGGGCUACAAGCUGGGCAAGAGGGUGGCGAAGAAGCUAACAGAUGUAGCUGAUUUAAUCACUAAAGGGAAAGAUGCUUCCUUGGAUGCAGUGGCAGAGACGCCUCUUCCCAACCCUGUUAUAGAGCAGCCUAGCACAUCAGCUCUGGGGAUGGAGUCUACAUUGAAGGAAGCUCUAUGUUGUCUUAGAGAAGACAAAGCCAGAAUUAUUGGAAUAUAUGGAAUGGGAGGAGUCGGCAAGACGACUCUCCUGGAAGAGAUCAACAACGAAUAUUUAAAAAGAACCGGUGAUUUUCAUGUCGUGAUUUGGGUGGUCGUGUCUAAAGAAUUAAAUGUGCGAAAGAUUCAGAGGGAUAUUGGCAAACGGUUGGGCUUGUAUUGGCCAGAGAAUGAAAGCAAUGACACAUGGGCUCAAGAUAUUUAUAGUGCCUUGAGGGAGAAGAAAUUCAUGCUGUUACUAGAUGAUAUAUGGCAGCGGCUGGAUCUGAAGGUGGUUGGAAUUCCUCAACCAAGCAGCCAAAACAAGAGCAAGGUUGUUUUCACCACACGAGAUGAGAAAGUCUGUAGCGAUAUGGAAGCUGAAAAGAAGAUCAAAAUCAAAUGCCUUGCGUGGAAGGAAGCAUGGGAUCUAUUUCGAGGGAAGGUUGGUGAAGAUACCAUGAAUUCUCAUCGAGAGAUUCCAGUCCUUGCUGAGCUUGUUGCAAAAGAGUGUGAUGGUCUACCCCUUGCGCUUAUCACAAUUGGGCGGGCCAUGGCGAGCAAGAAGACACCAGAGGAGUGGAAGCAUGCAAUAACAGCUCUGAGAAUGUCACCAUCUGAUAUAUCAGGUAUGGAAGAUGAACUCCUUUUCCGUCUAAAAUUCAGUUAUGAUAAUCUUUGUGACGACGUGAUCAAAUCAUGCUUCCUUUACUGUUCACUGUUUCCGGAGGACUACUCCAUUAACAAAGAAAGCAUUAUAGAUUACUGGAUUGGGGAAGGAUUCUUAGAUGGGUGGGAUGAUGAUCUUGAUGAAGCUCGUAACAAGGGCUAUGAUCUCAUUGGAACCCUAAAGAUAGCAUGCUUGUUGGAGAGUGGUUCUGAUGAGAAAACAGAGGUGAAGAUGCAUGAUGUGGUACGCGACCUGGCUUUAUGGAUAUCUUCUGAAUGUGGGAAGAAGAAACACAAGUUUCUGGUGAAAGCAGGAGUUGGAUUGAGGGAAGCACCACCUGUUGAGAGGUGGAUGCAGGCAGACAGGAUAUCUCUAAUGGAAAACACAAUUGAAGAAAUAACAGAGACACCUAGGUGCUCUAACCUCUUAACCUUAAUGCUCCAAAACAAUUGGGGUUUGGCAAAGAUCACCAAUGAAUUUUUUCAAUUCAUGCCUAAUCUAAGAGUGUUAGAUUUGUCAAAUAAUCAAAUAAAAGAAAUCCCACCUGAGAUAGGUAACUUGGUUGAGUUACAAUAUCUCAAUCUUUCUAAUACAUGGCUAACAAAUUUGCCUGAAGAGAUAGGAUGUCUCGUGAAGCUGAAGCAUCUGGAUUUGGAGCAGUGUGCUGAUCUUGUCAGAAUCCGCAGUGAGGCAAUAUCAAGACUUUCUAGGUUGAAAGUGCUGAAGAUAUUGAAUAGCUUCCGUUAUUGGGAAGUAAGAGGAGGGAGUGGUUGGUUUUCUUUAACAGAGAUGGAAGGCUUGAAAUACUUGAGCCAUCUUGAAAUCACUAUAAAAACUGUAUCUGCUCUUAAAAGGUUCCUUGAUUCUCACAAGCUUCCGAAGGUGACGCGAGCUCUAACCAUACAAGGCUGCAAAGGAAUGAAAACCUCGACCUUCAGUGCGAUGGGGAGACUCAGAAGUCUUGAAAUUCUAUAUUGUAAAGAGAUGGAAGAGAUUAUGAUUGGUUCAGAUGUCAAGAAAGAAGAUUAUCAUUCUGUUUCGAGCUUAGAGAGGCUCAUUCUUUCGCGACUUGUCAACUUGAAUAUCAUUCGAGUUGGGGGAUGCAUCCAAAACCUUCGCAGCGUAAUUAUUCGUGAUUGCAACAAGUUGAAGAAUGUUACAUGGAUUCUACAACUUCAAAAUCUUGAAGAAAUCGAGAUAUGGGACUGCAAAGGACUAGAAGAAGUAAUAGGUACAAGUGGUGUUGUUAUACCUAUGGGGGAGGCAUGUCUAAGAUGGUUCAAAAGUCUGGCUCUCAAUAACCUACCUGAAUUAACAAGCAUUUGUAAUCUUGCACUGGCUUUCCCUUCCUUGGAGAAGUUGGAGGUGCAUCAUUGCCCAAAGCUGAAGGAGUUCCCACCUGGUCUCCAAAGCACGGAUAAUCAUCUAAAGGAGAUCCGAGGUGCGAAACAAUGGUGGGAUGGUUUGGAGUGGGAAGAAGCUGGAAUCAAGUCUAAUUUGCUUCCUUUUUUCAAAGAGACAAGAUUUUGAAUUUGAAAAAUAAUGAGAACCUGGCCAAGGAUUCCCAUCUUCUCUGCUGCAACCAUGUGAAUGGUGGAUUCUUCCAUAAUGGGCUUGUGUCGCUUUUCUUCAAUAAAACCCGCUUGUCUUUGUUUGAAUUUU